AUGGACUCUUCCGACGAUGAUAUACCCCUCGCGGGCUCAAGGAGGGUAAAUGGCACAAACGGAGUCGCGCAUCCCCUAUCCUCCUCCAAGAUCCCUUCCUCCCUCGACGCUGCAAUGGAUCGCCAGAUCCCUACGAAUGGCGAAGUCGUACCGGGUAUUUCCAUGGCAAAUGGUGAGGUAAAGGUUGAAGAGCUAUCACCACCUGGCAACAAGGACAAUGCCCUUAAUGGCGUUGGGACUGCCAAGCGUAAAGCCCGAGAGAGUCUCACGCGACCGUCCUAUGCCGAGCCAGAAAGCAGCGACGACGAUCUACCAUUGAGCAAAAAGAGAAAGACUUCAGUCGCGCCAGAAUCGGACUCCGACGAUGCUCCUCUCGUCUCCAAAGCCAGGACGAAUGGCAAAGUUGUUCAGAAGCCCCCUCGAGUCUCAGCUCAUCAAAUUGGUGAAGAUUCGGACUCAGAUGUGCCUCUCGGUCAGAAGCUGGCCAAGCAAAAGCAGAUGAUUGAGAAAGCAGCAGAGAAGGAAGCGAAGCAGAUUCGAAAAGAGGAGAAGAAGGAGGCUGCAAAGGCUCCCAAAAAGUCAGCCCCAGCAAAGAGGGUAAAAAAGGAAGAAUCCAGUGACGACGACAAGCCUCUAUCAAAGCGAGUGCCUGCGGCUACCACCAAGAAAAUAAAAGCCGAGCCGUCCAAACCCGCGAAGAAGGUCAAAGUAGAAGCUUCUUCGCCCGCGAAGAAGUCUAAGGCAGUCAAAAAGGAAGAGAGUGCCGAUCCUGAAGACGAAGAGGAUGAAGAGGACGAAGUUAAAUGGUGGGAGGAUCCUACUAAGGGUGAUGGAACAAAUAAGUGGGAAACUUUGCAGCACAAUGGCGUCGUCUUCCCACCCCCCUAUCAACCUCUCCCUCCGCAUGUCAAGAUGAAAUACGACGGCGAGCCUAUCACCCUCCAUCCCGACGCAGAGGAGGUUGCUGGUUUUUUCGGCACCAUGCUCAACUCGACACACAACGUGGAGAAUCCAACGUUCCAGAAAAAUUUCUUUGGUGACUUCAAGGAUAUUCUGAAGAAGACCGGCGGUGCAAAGAAUAGAAAGGGGGAGACGGUGGAGAUUAAAGAAUUUGCAAAGUGCGACUUCAGACCCAUCUUCGACCACUACGAAGCGGAGAGGGCGGCGAAGAAGGCGUUGUCCAAAGAGGAAAAGAAAGCUAUCAAAGCAGCAAAGGACGAAGCCGAGGCUCCCUACUUGUACUGCAUCUGGGAUGGCAAGAAACAGAAGGUUGGCAACUUCCGAGUCGAACCUCCUGGUCUGUUCCGCGGCCGAGGUGAUCAUCCAAAAACUGGCAAAGUCAAGACGAGAGUCAUGCCUGAACAGAUCACGAUCAACAUCGGUAAAGAAGCAACUGUUCCUCCUCCACCAGAAGGUCACAAGUGGAAGGAAAUCAAACACGACAAGCAAGGGACGUGGCUGGCCAUGUGGCAAGAGAACAUCAACGGCAACUACAAGUAUAAGGCUCGUGAACUCAAGAAGCAUAUCGAUCGGAUUCGCAAAGAUUAUCGAAAGGAACUCAAAUCAGAAUUGAUGGCAGAUCGACAAAAGGCGACUGCCAUGUAUCUUAUCGAUCAAUUUGCCCUUCGUGCUGGUAAUGAGAAAGGAGACGACGAGGCUGACACGGUCGGUUGUUGUUCUCUGAAAUAUGAGCAUAUUACUUUGCGGGCUCCCAAUACGGUUAUCUUCGACUUCUUGGGAAAAGACAGCAUCCGCUUUCACGAAGAAUUCGAGGUGGACGCACAGGUCUUCAAGAAUCUCAAAAUCUUCAAGAAGCCGCCGAAGAGCGAGGGAGAUGACAUCUUUGACAGGCUGACUACGACACAACUCAACAACCAUCUAAAAAACUACAUGCCUGGCUUGACUGCCAAGGUCUUCCGUACCUAUAACGCGUCUUUCACAAUGGCCAAGCUUCUUUCCGAGAUGAAAUCUGAAGGUACAAUAGCCGAAAAGAUCAAGGAUUACAACGACGCCAAUCGAAAAGUUGCCAUUCUCUGCAACCAUAAGCGAACUGUGGCAGCCGGACAUGCAAACCAGAUGGAGAAGUUGGGGGACCGGAUCAAAGGUCUCAAAUACCAGCAAUGGCGAGUCAAACAGAUGAUGCUCGACCUCGAUCCAAAGAUCAAGAAGAAGAAGGGCGCAGAGUACUUCGAGCUGCCUGACGACUUGGACGAGGCAUGGAUUCAAGAACAUCAGGCUUACUUGGUUGAAGAACAGAAGAUCAAAAUCACUAAGAAAUUCGAAAAGGACAAUGAGAAGCUCAAAGCGGAAGGCGAAAAAGAGAUGAAACCGAAAGAGCUCGAAGAACGCUUAAAGGCGGCCAAGGAGCUGGAGAAAAGAUUUCAAAAGGAGAACAAGACAAAGAGGGUUGAGGCUGAGGGAAAGUCUCCGACUGUCGAAAAGUUGGAGGAACAAGUCAAGAAGUUUGAUGCGAGGAUUGCUACCAUGGCCGUUCAGGCUGAGGACAAGGAGAACAAUAAAGAGGUGGCCUUGGGAACUUCGAAGAUCAACUACAUCGAUCCACGGUUGACAGUGGUUUUCAGCAAGAAAUUCAACGUGCCAAUCGAGAAGUUCUUCUCCAAAACCCUGCGCGAGAAGUUCGAAUGGGCUAUCAAGUCCGUCGACGAGGACUGGGUCUUCUAA